GAUUGUCUAGACAACCAAUACUAUAGCUAUAAUGAAUUUAGUCACAUCAAAAUUAACAAAGACCAAAUAGAAGAAAGAAGAAUGACCUACCAUAGUAGAAGAAGAACCCAUCAUUGUUGUAAUUGUUGCAUCCCUCAACAACCUGACAAACUAUACAAAUUAGAAGAAAAACUUGCUUGUAUUGCUUGUUACAAAACAUACUAUGAAGCCCUUGAUUCAGAAAACCCCAGAAGCCAGGAAUAUUAUAAUACAGAACUUGAUAGAGGAACUCUUGUCUGA